UUCUUUUUUUCUUUUCUUUCUCUCUUUUUUUUUUUUUGACUUGCGAUGCAACAUCCAGACACUUCAUCACCUUUGGAAGAAGGAAGAACACUACGUACUUCACCCUCUUCAACCAAUAUCUAUAGUCGCUAUCGUUUACCUUCGAAUGCCUCUACAGAUAGUACGAUUAGUCAACAAGAUAUGGUGGAUCACAAGCGUAGUUACACCUUUGACAAUCUCAGCUCAUUGGCUUACUUUACAUGCCCCGAUACUAUCCACCCUGAACUCACACCUUCUGCAGCCAUUCGAGACAGAUAUUAUCAAUCCAGUCGAUAUCUUCAGGACAAUGACCAUGCAGACGAACUUGAAUACGAAGACGAAUACGAAGAAGCAGCGGGCGAUGUCCUCGAUUAUCGACCCGAAGACAGUGCCCUUUACACCAAACUCGAGACAGACAACAGCAGCAUCUAUUCUGUUCAGGACAGUGUGAUUUCAUUACGGACACAAAUGGAUGGGAGAUCCAUUCAUUCUGUACGCACGGUCGAUGAUCGUCUUCAGGGACGUAGUCUGAAUUCAUUUGCCAAGAAAGUAUCGAGGUCAGGUUCCAUUUUCAGAGGCGAAAAGAAAAAAUUGGAACCUUUUGUGCCUGUUCGAGACCAUUAUCCAGAUACAGGCAGUAUCAGAACCGUGAGUGGUACCAGUCUUUUAUCGAAACUGUCUCGGUCCACGGCUCCCAUGCGCGCUAAACUUUCUGCCAUUUCUCAUCUGGCUGGAAGACAUCAUAACACAUUGGCAUUACCAGGUAGAAAACGAGUAGCUGAAAGUGUUUACAACAUGCCGAUUGCUUCACCCUCGCCACCACAAAAGGAUAAAAUGUCAUUGGAGAAAGUGCCUACCUCAAGGUCAUUUAAUUUGCCUCGAACUUUGUCUGCCUCGUCCUCUUCUACCUCCACUUCAUCUAACAUGAUUUCAGCAACACUGGUAGAUGAACCCGUCUCUAUCAAAGAAAAACUACCUGUGGUUUAUCCUGCUUUACUUUCCAAAGUAGCCGAGACAUUCAAAGAACGUAUAAUUACCACCACUAAAACCAAAGAUAGUAUCAAGUACAAGGAUUGCUUUGACGGUAAAGAAGCAGUGGACAAACUGGCUUUCAUUAUUAAAUCAAAUGAUCGCAACUUGGCCUUACUGUUAGGUCGUGCACUGGACGCACAAAAGUUUUUUCAUGAUGUCAAUUAUGAGUAUCGAUUACGUGAUUCAAGUCAAGAACUCUAUCAAUUUAAUGAAUCCAAGUUUAGUAUGCGACCCAAAAGUGGUAUUGCAGGACCUCUGGUGGCUGCUGCUGCUGCUGCUUUAACUUCUACAAAGCCUUUGCAAGAAGAACUGCCCAAUGGUGUGUUUACGCUCUUGACAGAUUGUUAUUCACCUACGUGUACAAGAGAUAAAUUGUGUUAUUCUUCAAGAUGUCCUCGAAGACAAGAACAAGCCAAAAGAAGCUCAGCACAUUCUGAAAAGGGACAUUCUCGAGAAGGAAGUAUUUCUUUGAUAUCUGGGCAAGAGGAUCGACUGUGGAUUAACACAGUAUCCAAGUCUGUGUUGGAUUCACUCAGUAAAGAUGAAAAAAAGAGACAAGAAAAUAUUUUUGAACUUGUUUAUACCGAAAAGGAUUUCGUGGAUGAUUUGACUUAUAUUAAAGAGUAUUGGAUUGAUCCUUUACUUUCAAAUGAAAAUCAAACAGUAACAGGGGAUCGAACUGGUUUUGUGAGUGCUAUUUUUUGGAAUAUUAUGGAAGUACAUCAAGUCAAUACCAACUUGUCAAAAGCAUUGUUGGAACGCCAAUCCAAAAACAAGAUAGUGAAUCAAAUCGGUGAUAUUAUGCUUGCCCAUGUAGCUCAGUUUGAACCUUUUGUGCGUUAUGGUGCACACCAAAUUAUUGGCAAAUAUGCAUUUGAGACUGAGAAGUCUACCAACCCAUCCUUUGCUGAAUUUGUCAGCAAGACGGAACGAUUACCUCAGUCGCGUAAAUUGGAACUGAACGGAUACCUUACGAAACCCACUACACGUCUGGGUCGAUAUAAUCUCUUGCUAAGAGAAAUUUUGAAACAUACGCCUCAAGAUCAUCCAGAUCAGGAAACGAUUCCUAGAGUUAUGUCGAUCAUUGCCAAGUUCUUACAAGAUGUGAACCGAGAAACAGGACGUACAGAAAACGCAUUUAAUUUACAAUUGUUGAAUGAACGACUUGUCAACAAGAACAUUUCUCAUUUUGAUUUGGACUUGACAGCUUCAAAUCGACAAAUAAUUAUGAAAGGUACCUGGAAGAAGGGCUCUGGAUCAGAUACUUCAGAAGUAUUAGUAUACCUUUUAGACCAUUGUUUAUUAAUCAUCAAGCCUAAACAAAACGAAGAAAAAUACAAAUUGUAUCGAAAGCCUAUUCCAUUAGCCCUUUUGUCACUUACGUUCCCGGAUCAUACUAAGCGAGCCAGCACAAUUAUUCCUUUAGGUAGACCUAGCAAUGCAUCCAGCGACAUGCAUCCUGUACCUCAACAUACCACGCCUACUCAUACCCAUACUAACACAACCAUGCUUCAAACAAAGAAUGGAUAUCCUAUUUCCUUUGUUCAUCUCGGCAAACAAAACUCAGGUGGACCACUCACAUUGUAUGCCUCUACACUGGCCACACGUAAACAAUGGGUUGAUAAAAUUGAAGGACAACGGAAAGCCUUGGUAGAGAAACACAAGGUAUUCAAUGUUCAGCCUAUUAAUGAAAACUUCUUCUCUACCUUUAACAAGGUCAAUUGUACAGCUGUCUUUGAAAAUGGAAGAUCACUCGUGUUGGGUGGCGAUCAAGGUGUCUAUCUGAAAAAAGAAGGCAGUGGUGAUGAAUUGAUUCGUAUCUUGGCCAUGGAUAAAGUCUCCCAGAUUGAUAUUCUUGAACAAUCCAACCUGAUCUUGGUCUUAGCUGACAAAAUCUUGUAUACCUACUCACUUGACACACUACUUUCAACAGAAUCAGGCAUGAAACGAGGCCGUAAAAUCAGUAGCCAUGUCUCGUUCUUUAAGGUCGGUAAGAUCCUUGACAAAUCUGCCACCUCAGCUACAACACAAGAAGAUCAUGUAACGGCCGAAGGUGUCGAAAAAACAUUGGUCUGUUUUGUUCGUAACAACGCCAUGACCUCUACCAUCCGAGCUCUUGAACCUUACGAGACCACAAAAGAAAACCAGAAAAAGAAGAACAAGAACCUAAGCCGUUUGAUACGUGGUAACAAUGAAGCCUUGAAAGCCUAUAAAGAUCUCUAUAUUCCUGGUGAAGCAUCUUCUAUUCAAUUCUUUAAGAAUAUUAUAUGUGUGGGUAGCGCUAGAGGUUUCCAAAUGGUCAACUUGAGUUCGGCUGAAGUACAGAGUGUGCUGGAUCCUAACGAUGAAAGCAACAAUGCUGUUUUGGCAUCCCAUGAAAAUAUGAAGCCAAUCUCUAUGUUUAGACAUAAAGAUGGCAAUAUCUUACUUUGCUACAGUGAACUCGCAUUUUAUAUUGAUAAAAAGGGUAAACGUGUUCGAAAGGAUUGGUCAAUUUCUUGGGAAGGAAAUCCCACUGCUUUUGCAUUUAGAUUCCCCUAUGUUGUUGCUUUUAAUUCCAACUUUAUUGAAGUACGCCAUAUGGAUACUGGUGACUUACUUCAAGUGAUACCAGGAAACAACAUUCGUUGUCUUCGACCUGACUCGACUGAUAGAAUUCAUGGUGUGAUGGACGACCGACUUGCUGGCUCAGAAGUCAUUUUUGAGCUGAAACUAGUAGAUCCUCAUCGUAGAAAGAUUAGUAUGAUUAAAAAUAAUAGAAAUAGAGCAAUUUAAGCUCUAGCAUUGUAUAUAUGGGAAUGUGUAAUAAUAGAAGGAAAAUGGUUGCAUGAAAGUGAAGAAAAGUAAACCUUUUU